GUAAUAAUUUUUAGCACAAAACUAAUAAGAGCUCUUACAAUAAUACGAUAAUCAAGAGGUCAACACUGCGUAGAUAGAUUUUGUGGUGGAAUUGUUUUAUCCAUACGUUAUUUUAUCUCUCAUAUGUUAAGACAUACAUUUAAACUACGGAAUUAUUUUAUAUAAUUAUUAGUUGUUAUUAUGUUCCGGCGGAUUAAUUAUCGUCAACGACGGCAUAGAUUUACUAAUUUAUCUGUCCGUUAUAAUAGUAAUUUAAAAGGUAAAAUUGUCGCUAUAAGACGCGAAGAUCAGUCAGUAUGGGAAAGACGGGCACCAUUGGCACCAUCGAACGUCAGACGAUUAAUAAGAUCCGGGGUAAAAGUUAUUGUGCAGCCGAGCAACCGUCGAGCUUAUCCGGCCCAGUCUUACUUGGCAGCUGGAGCACAUCUCCAAGAAGACAUAAGUGAAGCUUCGGUGAUCUUUGGAGUGAAGCAAGUUCCUGUUGACCACCUGAUACCCAACAAAACUUACUGCUUCUUCUCUCAUACGAUAAAAGCUCAGGAGAGCAACAUGCCGCUGCUGGACGCGAUUCUAGAGAAGAAUAUCCGGCUGCUGGACUACGAAAAGCUGACAGACCAAAACGGCCAGAGACUUGUCGCCUUUGGAAAGUACGCGGGAGUUGCGGGGAUGAUAAAUAUUCUCCAUGGAUUGGGACUGAGGCUGCUGGCUUUGGGCCAUCACACCCCGUUUAUGCACAUCGGGCCCGCGCACAAUUACCGCGACUCCGCGGUUGCUCGCCAAGCGAUUCGUGAUGUCGGAUAUGAAAUAGCACUUGGCGCGAUGCCCAAGUCCAUCGGCCCGCUCACUUUUGUCUUUACAGGCAGCGGUAAUGUUAGCCAAGGAGGUCAAGAAGUUUUUCAAGAACUUCCUCAUGAGUAUGUCGAUCCUCAGAGCCUGAGAAAAGUCGCUGAGCACGGAGAUACAAAUAAAAUAUACGGCUGCGAGAUACGCCGCCGGCACCACUUAGAGCGGAAAGAAGACGGCGGAUACGACGCAGAGGAGUACGAUAAGCACCCAGAGCUCUAUAUCUCAACAUUCAGUAAAAAAAUCGCACCGUACGCAUCAGUAAUAAUAAAUGGAAUCUACUGGGCAGUCGAUUCACCAAAACUGCUGACGAUUCCUGACGCUAAGAAUCUUCUGAGACCGGCUUACACACCCUGGUUACCAAUAAGUGUCGGUGCGCCUCCGUUGCCUCACCGCAUGCUGGCGAUUUGCGACAUAUCUGCAGACCCUGGAGGCAGCAUCGAAUUUAUGAACGAGUGUACGACUAUCGACACCCCAUUUUGCCUCUACUGCGCCGACAGAAACAAAGACACCAAAUCCUUCAAAGGUCCUGGUGUUUUGGUCUGUUCUAUUGACAACAUGCCAACGCAGCUGCCUAGAGAAUCAACAGAUUUUUUUGGCGAUCUGCUGUUCCCUUUUGCCUGCGAGAUCAUCGAGAAGUCCGAAGCCAAGAAGCCCCUGGAUGAGCACAACUUCAGUCCUGCUGUUCACGGCGCGAUCAUUGCGUCCAACGGUCAAUUGACGCCUAACUUCGAGUACAUAAAAGAACUGAGGAUGCUGAAUCAAAAGAGUAAACACAAGGCAUCUAGUGACAACGGCGAAGCUCAGACUAAAACUGUCGUGGUACUGGGAGCUGGUUACGUGUCUGCUCCAUUGGUUGAAUAUUUGCACCGUGAUGGCAACAUGAGAAUUGUCGUCUGCUCGCAUUUGAAAGAAGAGUCCGAUACUCUGGCUAAUAAAUAUCCUGGAGUCGAGUCUAUUUUUCUUAAUGUCAUCGACCGCCCGGAUACUUUGAAGGAGAUAAUCAGCUCUGCUAAUGCUGCUGUUUCGUUGCUGCCUUACGGACUCCAUCAUGUGAUCGCUAAAACUUGCAUUGAGACCAAGACCCAUUUGGUAACCGCUAGUUAUUUGAAUGAUAACAUAAAAAGUCUUCAUGAAGAAGCAGAAAAUGCGGGAGUGACGAUUUUGAAUGAAGUGGGUCUAGAUCCUGGUAUUGAUCAUCUGCUGGCACUUGAAUGUUUCGAUGACAUAAAGCAGGCAGGAGGUAAAAUUGAUUCGUUUGUUUCAUGGUGCGGAGGUCUACCAGCCCCGGAGUGUUCAUCGAAUCCGCUGAGGUACAAAUUCAGCUGGUCACCACGUGGUGCUCUGAUAAAUACGCUCUCGCCGGCAAAGUAUUACCACAAUGGACAAGUUGUUGAAAUCGCUGGAGGUGGCGAUCUUAUGUCAGCAGUCCAGAGUCUUGACUUCUUACCAGGGUUCGCUUUGGAAGGUUUUCCUAACCGCGACAGCACGGUAUACCGCGAAUUGUAUGGCAUCCAUAAUGCCAACACUAUUCUACGCGGGACAUUAAGAUUCCGUGGUUUUACGGACACUGUGCAGUCGUUACAAUUUUUGGGUCUUAUUGAUCCUAAUCCUCACCCCAUUUUACAUCCUAAUGGACCAGACAUUACCUGGCGCACACUUAUUUGUAAUUUAUUAGGACUGAUGAAUGACGAUAUAUUUUACGAAAACCUCAAACGCAAGCUCAUAGAACGCGUUAAUUCAGAGGAACGUGUCCAGGCAAUUGAAGAUCUGGGUCUGCUUGCUGAAGACUCGGUACUGAAACUGAACACUCCCUUGGACACGCUGUCGCACUACUUGUCAAAAAAGUUGUGCUUCGAGGAAUCAGAGCGGGAUUUAGUGAUCCUGAGACACGACAUCGGGGUCGUAUGGCCGGGAAACAGGAUCGAGAACAAGGGAAUAAAUUUAGUCAUAUAUGGAGACGCUAAUAGUCAUUCGGCGAUGUCGCGCACCGUAGGCUACCCCGCAGCCAUCGCUACUAAGAUGAUCCUCGACGGAGAAAUUCAACAGCGCGGUGUCAUUCUGCCCUUUACGCCAGACAUUUAUCGCCCGAUCCUCAGCAGACUGAGGGCCGAAGGCAUUGAGUCUUUCGAAACAUCGACAUGGCGCUAAAGUUAAUACUUCAUUAUUAUGUACAUAUUUAAAUGAUCUUCGAUCUCGAUGUAUCUUAUAUAUAAGUUUAUAUAUAUAACAAUAAUUUUUAAGAAUACAGGUGAUGUUAUAUAA